CUUCUCUGCUAUCUAAACAUUUCAAGAACAUUAAAAAAAAAAAUUAUAACAACAAUCACAAAAGAAACACACAAGACUUAGUUCUUUGUUCCAUUAGAGCUUUUCUUGAAAAAAGAAUCAUGGAAGUAAACUCCAGUACUACUCUUCCUCCAGGGUUCAGAUUUCAUCCGACCGACGAAGAACUCAUCGUUUACUAUCUUCGAAACCAGACCAUGUCCAAACCAUGCCCUGUCUCCAUCAUCCCAGAAGUUGAUAUCUACAAGUUUGAUCCAUGGCAAUUACCUGAGAAAACAGAGUUUGGUGAAAAUGAGUGGUACUUCUUCAGCCCUAGAGAACGAAAGUAUCCAAACGGAGUCAGACCAAACCGAGCUGCUGUUUCCGGUUAUUGGAAAGCAACUGGUACAGACAAAGCCAUUCACAGUGGUUCGAGUAACGUAGGUGUCAAGAAAGCUCUCGUCUUCUACAAAGGAAGACCUCCCAAAGGUAUCAAAACCGACUGGAUCAUGCACGAGUACCGUCUCCAUGACUCACGUAAAGCAUCAACGAAACGUAACGGUUCCAUGAGGUUAGAUGAAUGGGUACUGUGUAGAAUAUACAAGAAGAGAGGAGCAGGGAAGGUUUUAGAUGAGGGAGAGAGUUUCGUCGACGAAGUACUAAAUGAUGAGGCAGUAACAGUUGUUGUAGAUGACGAAGAAGGAGAGAGAAGAAACGAGGAAGAGAUAACGAUGAUGACGACGACGACGACGUCGACGAAACUUCCAAGAACGUGUUCGUUGGCUCAUUUGUUAGAAAUGGAUUACAUGGGACCUAUCUCUCACAUUUUAACAGAUAAUUUCACUCAGUUGGAUCAUCUUCAUCAGCUUGACUCAGAGUCUGGUUGGUUCGGUGAUCUACAGUUUAACCAAGACGAGAUCUUGAAUCAUCAUCGUCAAGCUAUGUUUAAGUUUUAGUCAUGUGGGUUUAGUUAAAAAGAAAGAUGUGCUUGGAAUUAUUGUUUUUCUUUAGUAGAUAUUUUGUUAGUUUGGGUACAAGAAAAAUUGUAAAAUAUAACUAAAAAAGACCCUAAUGCUAUUUUAUAUUUUUUCCCAUUAAUUAUAAAUGUGAAAUACCAAAUC